ACGAAACAACUGGCUGUUCAGUUUCUCUGGCCCGUGACAUAUGAUUUGGCCAUGGAAAAAGGUAAAAACCCUAGAAACAAGAAAAAAGUAAAAGCUGGGUUGGAAGGUAAUUAUAGACUCCAAAAGUAAAACCAGUCCAAACAGUAACCAGACCUCUCUCUCUCUAGAUUACAGAUCUUUGUCCAUGUAAAUGGCUUUUGCUUGCAAGAAAUUAGAGAAAAACCAAAAACCCAUUUCACGUUUUCAACCAAAAUCCAUUAUUUUCUCUCUUGUGACCUUCCGCGACCUAGUGGGCUUAUGAUUGAGUGAAGCAGACAAAGCUUGUAAGUUGUAAGAAUUGUCCAUCCCUCAUCUUCCACUACCCAACAUCACUCAUAUCUUCUCUCACCUCCUUUAGCUCUUUUUUUAUGCCUUUUCUCCUUUUUCCUCUACAUUUUCCCUCACUGAUAGGACUCAUGGAAAGUGGAUGAGCGACCUCGAUUGGGCUUGAUUCAACAGUGGAUUAGUGAUCCCAAAUUUUCCCUGAAAAUGAGGGAAAGCGAAGCAAAAUAACAAAUCCAAGAAGAAUAGAGAAAGUAGACCAAGGCAUUCCCACCCUUCUUGCCCCAUACAUAUUGUUGCAAUUUGUUUUUCCCUCUUGCUGCAACACUCAAUCAGAAAAUGAGAAAGCAUGGAUGGCAGCUUCCCCACCAUCCUCUUCAGGUGGUAGCUGUUGCUGUAUUUCUGGCAUUGGGGUUUGCUUUCUAUGUUUUCUUUGCCCCUUUUGUUGGGAAAAAAUUUAUUCAGUAUAUUGUGAUGGGGCUCUACACUCCUCUUAUAAUAUGUGUCUUCAGUCUAUAUAUUUGGUGUGCGGCAGCUGAUCCUGCAGAUACAGGAGUCUUCAAGUCCAAAAAGUAUCUUAACAUCCCGGAUACCAAAAAGCAUACUCAAUUCAAGAAACAUAAAUUUGGUGGGGAAUCAACUUCAUCAAUACAAGAUGCAAAUGCUCCAACAAUUGGAGGGAAACAUCUGGACAGAGGCACGAAGGACAUGGAUACGACAACGGAAGAUUAUACCACUGAAAUUGAAAAGAAGAAUGCAUCAACUCAUCGUUCAUCUUGUUUUAUGGCUGUUUUAGCAUUAUUUCCUUGUGCCUUUAUGUGCAACUGCUCAAUUCCUCACGAAGAAUCUUCUGAGCAACAAAUGAGCGAAGAAGGCAUGUUCUACUGUAGUCUAUGUGAAGUAGAGGUUUUCAAGUACAGCAAGCAUUGUAGAGUUUGUGACAAAUGCGUUGACCGUUUUGAUCAUCACUGCAGGUGGCUCAACAAUUGUAUAGGCAAAAAGAACUAUCGGCAGUUUUUCACCCUCAUGGUUUUUUCCCUUCUCUUGCUUGUGCUUCAGUGGUCAACUGGAAUCCUUGUACUGAUCUGCUGCUUUCUUGAGCACAAGAGAUUCUCUGUGGACAUCGCCUCCAAGUUAGGAAGCAGUUUCUCUGUAGUGCCCUUUGUUAUAGUGGUGGCAGUGUGCACCAUUUUAGCCAUGAUCGCUACCCUGCCACUUGCUCAGCUUUUCUUCUUUCACAUACUUCUCAUAAAAAAGGGAAUCAGCACAUAUGAUUAUAUCAUAGCAUUGAGGGAGCAAGAGCAACAAGGAGUUGGAGGUCAGCAAAGUUCCCAGAUGUCUCCUGCUAGCUCCCUUACUGGGUUAAGCAGCGCAAGCUCUUUUAAUACUUUCCACCGAGGUGCAUGGUGCACACCCCCACGCCUCUUUCUUGAGGAGCAGUUUGACGUAGUUCCUCCAGACACUGCAUCUGUUAGCUCAUUAAGCAAAAAGACGGUAGGAGAGGAGCCAAUCAAGAAAAAGAACCCUGCAGCGGUAAAGAUCAGUCCAUGGACAUUAGCACGCUUGAAUGCUGAAGAGGUCUCAAAGGUUGCUGCGGAGGCGAGAAAGAAGUCCAAAAUCCUGCAGCCUGUGGUGAGAAAGGAUGCUCCUUUGGGGCUAGAAACAGACAGCAGCUUUGGCAGCAGUGGCCGCCAAAUGAUCCCAAGGCCUGACAAUAAUAAUAGAAGGCGAGCAAGCAAGCGUAUCCGACUCCCAGCAGAUCUACCUCUUGAACCCUUCACAAAGAUUUCAGCUAAAGCUGCCAGUGGCAAUGGAGAUGAUUUGAUCCCUGAGACAUCAACCAGUUUGGCCCCUCUACAGAUUGAAGCCCGGAGAGCUUUCCGAACAAGCCUAGCUAUUUCCAGCUCGACUGGUAUUGUUUCCUCCUCUCCAGAGAGCAGUUUGGAUUCCCCCGAUCCCCACCCAUUUAGGGUUUCCUCGUCAGGCGCUGAAGAGUCGAGACGACUCACCUGUCUCUCAAUUGCUGGUGCAGCUGAUCAGAAGGGAAUCCCAUUGUCAAGGUCUACAAGUGACGGUUAUGAUGCGUCCGGUGGGGAAGAUAGUGACCGAGUUCCUUCCAGGACUACACAUAGGUCAACAAACUGGAGUAACCUUCUUUUCAGCUCUGAUCAGAAUGAGAAUAUUUCUAGAUUGAAUGCAUCAUCUUCAAGUGGCCAGGCUAGCAAUAGGAUGCUUUGAACAGAUGGAGUUCAUGGAAUUUGGGUUACUUUAAUCUUAUUGAAGGGACAAGUUUUCAUUUUUUGGCCGAGGUUGUCCAAAGAGCAAUUUACCAUAUCCUUAGCUUGGUCUGAUUGCAUUGUGUUAUGUGGCUUUGAAAACGUCGAACCAAGGUUGCUUGGAGUGGACAUAUGAUAAGGGCUGAAGUUUUUACUGAGACGAACAUACUUUGAUUUUGGCUCGAGCUUCGUGGCAGCCUUGAUAAAUUGGUUCUAGCCAUUGACUGAUAGAAGGUGGGAUUGCUUCUGAAUUGUUUGAAGAAAACUUUAUUAUCCUUACUAUGUGGGUUUUGGUUAAACUGGCAUCUUUUUGAGUUUCUGAACAUAUCUACAGAAAAACCAUAUUCUCCUUGUCUAUGUAAUUUCUCUUCGUGGUCUCUCGUUUCUUCAGGCAUUAAUUUGGUUCUUUCAGUUUUCUGGACAGUGGUGUUAACAACAUACAUUUAUCCUUAAUUUCUUCUUCUCUUCUCUUCUUUUUUGUUAAA